AUAUAAGAACUUUUACUCUUUUUUAAGUUCAUAUAUGCAUUUGUUCAAACAAACUAUUUUGGUGUUUUUUCUUAUCAACUUUCUCCAAAUAUAUAUUAUAUUAAAUACUCUCAUGGCGCCUUUGUCACUCGCCGAAAAAAAGAAGGUUCUUUUCAUAAUGGGUGCAACGGGCACAGGCAAAACAAAGUUAUCCAUCAACUUGGGCACUCAAUUCCCUUCUGAAGUCAUUAACUCUGACAAAAUCCAAGUCUAUAAGGGCUUGGACAUCAUCACAAACAAGGUACCAGAGUCUGAACGUAAUGGCAUUCCUCAUCAUCUGCUAGGCAUCAUCGAUGAUCCUGAUUAUGACUUCACAGUUGAUGACUUUUGCAAGCAUGUCCUCAUUGCUCUUGAUCUUAUUAUUGAAAAUGGACACCUACCCAUUAUCGUGGGAGGCUCAAACACUUACCUUGCAACAUUGCUUGAGGAUCCCAACAUCGCAUUUCGUUCCAAAUAUGAUUGUUGCUUCAUUUGGGUUGAUGUGUCUUUACUUGUGUUGUUUCAGUAUUUAGAUAAAAGGGUGGACGAAAUGCUUGAUAAAGGAGUUGUUGAUGAGAUUCGAGAAACUUUUGUGCCUGGAGCAGACUACUCUCGUGGGGUUAGAAGAGCCAUCGGGGUUCCUGAGCUGGGGGAGUAUUUCUUGGUUGAGAAGAAAAUAGAUGAUGAGACUAAAAAGGAGAAGAUGUUGCAAGGUGCUAUUGCGAGAACUAAAGAGAACACUUGUAAAUUGGCUGAGGCGCAACUCUUGAAGAUACAUAAGAUGAACUAUGAGUUUGGAUGGGGAAUGACCAAAAUUGAUUCCACACAAGUGUUUGAGGCAGUUUUAAAAGGAAUGGAUUAUAAGCACUUAUACCAUGAGAUUGUGUUCAAACCAAGCGUAGAUAUAGUGAAAAGAUUUCUACAUGAGACAACUUCAGGAAAGGGAAAGGCACUGCGUCAAAAUGGUGAACAAGUGACGGUUGUGCUUCAAAAAUCGUUGAAAUUGGCUAAGGAUUAGCUUAUAGUAGUGAAUAAUAAAUAAAUGAGGGAAAAAUACAAAAGCAAAAUCAGAUAUUGGUGAAAGAUGUAUGAAUCAUGUUAUAAUUGCUUUUAUACUUUUUCCUCUCAUGGUAAGACUUACUUAUCCAUGUUAAAGACUUAUAUUAUAAAUAAAAAAGUUAUUU